AUGACGCAACCUCACUACUUGACUAUCUAUCUAUCUAUCUAUCUAUCUAGAUCAAAACUCAAGAAAAUCAGCUGUUCGCUCGGCUUUAGUACGAUUACGAAAUACAAAAUACAAAUUGUUAAUUGGCGCAAAAUACCAAUUAUGCGAAUUUUACUGACAGGAUAUCCAGGUGUAGGUAAAACUACAAUAUGUCGAAAAGUAUCCGAAGAGCUUCGUGGCGAAGUGACUGGAUUUUACACCGAGGAGGUUCGAGUUAACGGAACCAGAAUCGGCUUCGAUAUCGUCACUCUUGGUGACAACGAACAACGGGGAAUUUUAGCUCGAACUGUAUCUCAGAUAAACGGACCAAAGGUUGGUCAAUACACCGUACAUGUGACCGACUUCGAAACUAUAGCCAUACCCUGCUUAAAGGCCGUUGGCCGCCAGUAUUUGGUAGUGGACGAAAUUGGGAAAAUGGAAAGUUUCAGCCAGAAAUUCAAGCAAGAAAUUCGAAAACUUUUUACGGAAUUUGACGGAGAUAUUAUUGCCAUUAUUCCACACUCCAGAGGGUCUCCUCUUCCACUGGUUCAAGAAAUCUCCGAAUUAUCAAAUACAGAAAUUAUCAUGGUUACAAAGGAGAACAGGGACUCAAUCCCUACCCAGAUAAUUAACAGAAUUAAGAACUACUCGUGAAUCAUCAAUCAUGUUUUCAUAAUGUUAUUUACUAUGAUGAAUGUUUUUUAUUUUUUAUUUUAUUUUAAACACAUGCACAACGGAUACUGUUUUUAAUAUUUUUGUAAUUUUUCAGA